AUGGCCCCAGUCAGAGCUGCAGCAGCACACUGGACACGACACUGGUUUCUGCACGUCUGCCAAAAGCUUCCAUCGUCAUGCACGGGCCACACCCAGCCGCCAGUGGUUUACGAAGUACGGGCGACCCUCGGUGGAUACGGCCUAGCGUGGAUUUGCUGUGGAUUUUCUGGUUGUGUGAGGGAAGGAGACAAGGGGCGGGGACGAGGAAGGAAGGGAACAGAAGGGCAAAGGAAAGACAGGAGGAGACGGGGAGACACACGCCAAAUAAGGCAUCGGCCGGCAAGCACACGCAGCACACACGCACAGUCCCAUACCCACACUACGAUACGUACCCAGACCGUGCGAGACCUCACCCCCCUGCCCUCGCUGGGAAAGAGCAAAGAACAACAGAAACAGCAAGAGCCAUGCCAAGACACCCACGCCGCUACCAGACCCACUAUUAAAGUACAAGGUACAUUGCGCGUGCCGCAGCCCUCCCCAUCUCCCACACAGUCAGCAGCCCAUCUGUGGUUCCCGCAACCCUGGAGCAACCGGGGCGGAGAGUACGAAAUACAUGUACCUGUUUUGAGUCCCAAGGUUUUCGAUCCACAAACCUUCCAACCCCACCCACACCAGCGCGACGCCAACACCACCUCAGCACUCAACCAGACGCUAAACCCACCCGGCGAAGGAGACGACAGGCGGGCGAGCCAAGACCAAUGA